AUGGCACUCUUGUGUGAUUAUUACCAGUGGUACUCCACCUGGACAGAACGAUGGUACUCCAUCUGGACAGACCAGUGGUACUCCACCUGGACAGAACGGCGGUACUUUUUUGGACUCAACGGCGAUGAUUCAUCUGGACAGAAUGGCGGUACUUCAUCUGGACAGAACGGCAAUAAUUCAUUUGGACAGAACGGCGGUACUUCAUCUGAUGAAAACCAUUUUAUUCUAGACGGGCCCACCAAACGUGGUGUAAAGAUACCUGGAGAUACGGAUGCAGCUCGUGAAUAUAGGAGUUUUAGCCCAGGCGUAGCUGAGCCCAACUCUAAGAAACAAAAGUCGAACAACAACGACAUGACCAAUUUCUUUGGUACAUCAACCAAACCUACGAACGGCCUGUUCGGGUUUAAGUCCCAGUCAGGAGGAGCAAAUUCUUUUUCCUCUGCUCCCCAGGGGCAACAGACAACACAGUCUCCCCAGGGACAGCAGACACCACAGUCUUCUCCCCCUCCUCCUGAUGAAGACGAUGAAUACAACGAAAUUAUGGGCGAUCUAGCGGGUAACCGAAAACCCCCAGCAAACAUGCAAACGAUAGCGCUUGUGCGGGGAGGGAGACGCCCCAAGUACAUAAAUAUGUAUACAGUUGGUGACAGAUGCAUCUUUCGCAUUGAAGGUAUGAAAAGCGACAAUUUCGAUGCGGCACAAGCACCUCACCUAUCAGAGGAGAAGUACCAAGCUAGCCAAAACCCUGAAAGUUGGCAAGAUCUGGAAACCGUCCUUGGCGUGGCAGCGCCUGGUAAAGAGAUGAACCAUAGUGAUUUCUUGUCCAGACUCGAUCCAGAAAAUCCGGACAAAUUCAAAUGGCGCCAACCUAUAUUCAUCAUAGGAAGACGGGUUAACGGAGAAAUCACGUUUGUGAACCGUGGAUGGUGGCGCGCCAAUUAUGACCCGAAGGAUCCAUCCGAUCGUGAAACGUACCAGGCACGGCGACCAGAGGGAUACUACUAUUACUAUAAAACGAAAGAUGAUCCUGUUCGCAGGAACCGAGAAAAUAAAAAUGCCUUCCAGGAUUAUAGACUUUUCAAGAUGGCUUUCUGGUAUGAGAGAAAGUAUUACCAGGCCCUGCAUCCUGGACAGCCGUUUGUUGUCGAGGAUCGCAGAAGUCGCCAUCGCCAGUUGACGACGAUGUGGCUAGAUUUAGAGAAGUGA